CCAAACCAACCUUGGUUUUUACACGCAUUCACAAAGAGAGAGAGAGACACAGAGGAUUGAGAAGCCAUGGAAAGGCUUCUGUCCUCUUCAACCUCGACCCCUAAACUCCAUCUUAAACCCUCUUCCUUUCACCACCGCCUCGCCCGUCUCGACUCCUCCAACCUCAAUUUCCCAUCUUCAAAGCUGCCCAGUUUGAGACGCGUCGCCUCUGUUUCCUGCAAACAUCAAAACCCAUCUCCAUUUUCUUCUUCUUCGUCUUCGCCGGAGGGUUUGCCGUCUCUCUCUCUGAAGCGGGCCGGGUCGGGGCCAAAUGGGUCGGAGCCAAAAACCCAUCUUCUCAAUCAGAUCGCAGAUGGAGCUUCUAAGCAACGCAAGGCAAUCACCACUGGGGCAUUUGUUGCACUUUCUGCUCUUAUUUUGGUCUUAGUACAACCUGCCUUUGCACCAGCCGCUCUUGCUUCUUUUCAAACUGCAACAAAAACAGGUGGUCCAGCUGCUGUUGCAGUCGGGGGAAGACUCAUCCAGACUGAAUUACUCAGUAGUGCAUGGACUGGUUUCUUUGCUGGUUGCUUGCACACAUUAUCAGGGCCUGACCACCUAGCUGCUUUGGCUCCACUCUCAAUUGGGCGUACCCGUAUUGAAAGUGCUCUUGUUGGAGCCCUCUGGGGAUGUGGCCAUGAUGCUGGCCAGGUUAUCUUUGGAUUAUUAUUUCUGCUACUAAAGGACCGGCUCCAUAUUGAAAUUAUCCGUACUUGGGGCACAAGAGUUGUUGGGCUUACUCUAUUAGUUAUUGGUGCUAUGGGCAUUAAGGAAGCUUCAGAAGUCCCAAGUCCUUGUGUUGCCUUGGAGAAUGGUGAGUGUGAUGUUAGUGUAUAUGAAUCUCUUGAUAAUCCAACUGUUGGGAAGAAGAAGAUUGGUUUUGCCACUUUUGCCACCGGAAUUGUGCAUGGGUUGCAGCCAGAUGCAUUGAUGAUGGUGUUGCCUGCACUUGCUUUGCCAUCUCGUGUUGCUGGUGCUGCAUUUCUAGUUAUGUUCUUAGUUGGGACCGUGGUUGCCAUGGGAAGCUACACAGUUUUUCUAGGCUCAUGUAGUCAGGCAUUAAAGGACAGAGUGCCCAGAAUAACAGAGAAACUGACAUGGGCUUCUUCCCUGAUUGCUAUUGCUCUUGGAUUUUCCAUCAUCAUCAGCCAGUUCUUUGGGUACAGCCUGUAUUAGUUUUUUUGACCCGGUUAAGAUUCAUAUUUUGCAGGCUUCUCCCCGAGUGUUAGAUAACGAUCUUAGAAGGAUUAUUCGAUUUAUUUAGAGCGAAAUUUCAACUACAAAGCACCUGUUCACAGUGAGGGUACCAUCCUAUUAUGUUUUUAAAGCUUUCUUUGAAUAUAGAGACAACGACCCCUUCCUCGUUUGUAAUUCUUUUAUGGUAGAAAUCAGAUUGGUUUAAAGAUUUGCAUUACAUCAUUUGCUUUGUGUUACAUGGUCAACUCAAACUGUUGUCGUUGUGUUCUAUGUUGUUGCACUGGUUAUUACAAGUCAGGGCCAGUAAAAAUUUGCAG